UUCAUCGUGCCCUUUCUUCACGACCCUAUAAAACAAAGCGAACUCGACUUCAAUGGCACAUUCAACGUCUUUCCGUCUUCGCAGAUUCGUGUUUUCGCGCUUUCGUCCUUCCGUUUUCCGGUACUAUAGUACACUUCCAGUACAAAGUACAAGGGAACAGAAAAAGAAACAGAAAAGGAAAGAAAAGCAUCUGCUAAAUACUAUAUUGGAAUCUAUCUAUCGUUUGGGUGAGCAUCGAGAAUCGAUUGCGAUAGAUCCAUCGAGUGAAAUGCCUGGCAUCCAUACCGUCUGCAUAGCUAUACUACUAGCUGUCGUCCUUCUGUACGAUAGAUGUUUUGGAUAUCCGUCGAUCAGGCAACGACAAGGUUUAGUACACGUUUGCGAGAGUUGCGCCGAUUCUUGCGACAAAUGUGAAUACGGUGUUGUAAUGUCUGUUGCAUGCGGUGUACCACAAUGCGCAAAGGGUCCCGACCAACUGUGCGGAGGACAUAAGGACAUUUUUGGCAUCUGCGGCGAAGGAAUGCAUUGCAAUUGCAACAAAUGCAUCGGUUGCAGUUCCGACGAGUUCGAAUGUUCGAAGAAGGAUCCUUGUUUGCCGGGGAGUCUCUUACAAUUUUCUCAUUUCGAUAGAUUUGGAAGAUUGCCCACUGCCGUGUAAAACCGAAAAGACGGAUAGAUAGAUAGAUAAAUAGAUGUAUGUAUGUAUGUAUAUUUAUCGUAAACCAGGCGACGAAUAUACCUGACCACCGAAGCAAAAGAUUGGGACAUUCUUCGAGUAUGAAAAUAUACGGGGGACCGGAUGAGAAUCGAAGGUUUCGCCUAAAUUUCUAUUUGACUAACACGCGUAAAUCGGUCAUCGCACGCCGAUCGAGCAACUUAUUUUCAGCAAUUUUUCUUCCCAAACAAAUUAAUCCGCCAAAUAGCUUAAAACGAAUUUACUGUUAUUCCUAUUUGUCUGCUG